AUGGGCAAGAGAGCGGUGAAGAAGUCGGUGACGGAGUACAAGUGCGACCGACUCAACCAGAUCGUCAAAGGUGCGCGCGAUACGGCGCAUGUCCGACAUUCCGUCUUAUCUUCACUGCGUGAUGAGUUAUGUCGCUUCUAUGCGAUUUUCCAUCCCCCCCCCUCGUCUUCUCCCCUUUCUCUCCUCAUUUCCUCUUCCCCCCCUCCCUCCCUUCCCCAUCCCCCCUCCCCCUCCCCCCCAAUUCCCCCCUUCUCUUCUUCCCCCCCGCGUCCCCUCCGCCCCCCCAUCUCUCCCCCCCUCUCCGCCACUCCGCCCGUCCGCGCACGCGCGCCAGUGGGCGACACAGUGAUGCUGCGCCCGCCCGCGGAGGACACUCCCCCGUACGUCGCGCGCGUGGAGUCCAUCGAAGUCGAGCGCGCGGACACCAAGGUGCGCCUGCGCUGGUUCUACCGUCCGGAGGAGUCCCUGGGCGGGCGGCGCAACUUCCACGGGAGCAAGGAGCUGUUUCUCUCGGACCACUUCGACGUGUGCAGCAUGGACGCCGUGGAGGGCGUGUGCCGCGUGCACUCGUUCAAGAGCUACGUGAAGCUCGCCGCCGUGGAGGCGGAGGAUUACUUUUAUCGCUUUGAGUACAAGGCCGCCACGGGGACUUUCAAGCCGGACCAUGUCGCCGUGUACUGUGUGUGUGAGAUGCCGUAUAACCCCGACGACCUCAUGGUGCAGUGCGACAGCUGCAGAGACUGGUUCCAUCCGACGUGCAUCCACCUGACGCCAGAGCAGGUGAAGAAGAUGACGCAGUUCGUGUGUGACAAGUGCCUGGCCGAAGGCCAGAUCCUCGCUGGCAAACCACAGCCUCUUCCCGCCACUGAGUCCAGUACUCUCACUGGAGAGCGGAAUCCGAAGCGUUCAAAGCGGUGA